CAAAACACACCCACCGCACAACACACCAUGGCCCGCCUCGCCCUCGCCCUCGCCGCCACCGCCGCCACCACCUCGGCCCUCGUCGCGCCCACGGCCAAGAAGACCGUGUCGGCCACGGCUCUCAACUACGACCCGUCCGACUUCUCCGACGUCCAGGCGCUCCCGGGCAUCCUCGACCCCGUCGGCUUCUUCGACCCGGCGAACCUCGCGGCGGACGCCUACGGAGAGCGAGCUCAAGCGCUACCGCGAGGCCGAGCUCACGCACGGCCGCGUGGCCAUGCUCGCGUCCGUGGGCUUCCUCGUCGGCGAGUCCGGCGCGACGCCCCUCUUCGGCGGCAACAUCGACGGCAUCGCCAUCAACCAGUUCUGGAAGGUGCCCACGGGCUUCUGGCCCGUGAUCCUCCUCUUCAUCGCGGUGCCCGAGACGUUCCGCGCGCUCCGCGGCUGGAUGGAGCCCACGGUCCCCGAGAACUACUUCGUGCUCCGCGCGGGCUACACGCCCGGCGACAUCGACUUCGACCCCCUCGGCCUCUGCCCCGAGGACCCGGAGGAGUUCAAGAUCAUGCAGACGAAGGAGCUCCAGCACGGCCGCCUCGCGAUGCUCGCGGCCGCGGGCAUGAUCGUCCAGGAGCUCCAGACGGGCAACACGCUCUUCUAGGCGCCGCGCGCCCGCGCCGCCGGAUCGGAUCCGGCGGCCGCCCCCUCCCCUUCGUACCAAGUAACCUGCGCCUCGCCCG